GGAAUUGUAAAAAACCCUAGCAAACCCUAGCCGCUCUUCAUAUACCUCUCUUCCUCUUUUUCUCGUCUCUCUUCUUCUUUCUCUGGCAGUGGAGAUCAUUCGGUUAGUGAAGCCGUAGCAGAGAAGAGAUCAUGGUGCACGUUUCCUUCUAUAGGAAUUAUGGGAAGACGUUCAAGAAACCCCGACGUCCUUAUGAGAAGGAGCGUCUGGAUGCAGAGUUGAAAUUGGUUGGAGAAUAUGGGCUUCGUUGUAAGAGGGAGUUGUGGAGGGUUCAGUAUGCUUUGAGCCGAAUCCGAAACAAUGCCCGGAUGCUCUUAACACUCGAUGAGAAGAAUCCGCGUAGGAUUUUUGAAGGAGAGGCUCUCCUUAGGAGAAUGAACAGAUAUGGUCUCUUGGAUGAGAGUCAGAACAAGCUCGAUUAUGUCUUGGCUCUUACUGUGGAGAAUUUCCUUGAGCGUCGUCUCCAAACUCUCGUGUUUAAGUCUGGUAUGGCCAAGUCCAUCCACCAUGCUAGAGUGCUCAUCAGGCAGAAGCAUAUCAGGGUUGGAAGGCAGGUGGUGAACAUUCCUUCGUUCAUGGUGAGAGUAGACUCCCAGAAGCACAUUGACUUCUCCCUCACAAGUCCGUUCGGAGGUGGUCGCCCUGGAAGAGUGAAGAGAAAGAAUCAGAAGGCUGCCGCAAAGAAGGCUGCUGGAGGAGAUGGAGAUGAAGAGGAUGAAGAUUGAGUUACUUAAACGUUAUCUAUCUAUCACUAUUUUAUCAGAAAGAAUGUUACAUCCUUAGAAGUUUUGUUGCUUUAAAUAUGUUUGAAUUAGAGAACUUGUUUGCCUUUUUUGUUAUGGGGAUUUUAUUAACAACCUAUUUGGUUUUUAGUUGCCACAGUUUUUCAUGCUUUGAUAUUGGAUUAUUUUGAGGACUCAGUUCUUCUCUAUAUUUCAACGCAUUAUGAAUUAUUUUCACUUCA